AUGGCCCAUUUGUUUAAUGUCUUCUCCAAUUCCAUGCGGAACAAAAACCAGCAUGUGUUUAGCGACACGCGCAUUGGCACUGCCCUGGCAGCAUCCAGCAGGAACAGUGAUGACGACGACGAAGACGACUUUGACGACGAGGACAGUAGCUUGAUUGAACAUCAUCCUUCCUCCAAUAAUGAAACAGGAUAUGGGUCCACAAGCAACAGCAGCAACUACAACAACAACAACAACAACAACGACAAAAAGGUCAAAAGUGGAUUCGCGGAUGCCUAUGUCGAUUGGAAGCAUUCCCACGAAUCCAUCAUUCAAGCCUGUGGAGCCUUUGUUUGCUAUAUAGUUGUGGCCAUUGUGGGGUAUUCCUACAUUUUUGAAGAAUGGUCCAUUUUGGAUUCCAUGUACUUUGCUGUGACUGUCUUUACGACCGUAGGGUACGGCGACUUGGCACCUAGUUCCGAUGUUUCCCGACUGUUCACGAUUGCCUUUGCGUCCUCGGGGAUUGUCAUUUUGGGUUUGUUCUUGGGAAUCAUCGGGACUCGAUUGUUUGAAUUACGAGAAGAACAAGUCGCCAUUAAAUUACAAGGGGUCAAGACAAAAGUGAUGCAGCAGUUUGAUACUGUGCGACAAGAGAGUGAGAGUGAAAAAGGCUUGGUCGUGAAAAAAUCAGUUCAUGGUCCAGUAGCAGGCAAACCAACAUUUGCCCAAGACGUCUGGGCAAUCAUCAAGAUUGAAAUCCCUCUGAUACUAGGCUUGAUCAUGCUCUCCAGUCCCGUGGUGUAUCUGGAAGGUUGGGAUGCAGUCAUGGGUAUCUAUUGGAUGUUUGUCACAGGAACGACCAUUGGCUUUGGUGAUCUGAGUCCCACCCACACUUGGACGAAAGUGAUUUGUAUAGUCUAUUUGCCUUUGGCAGCAGCCGUAUUUGGGGAAUUGUUGGCCCAAAUCGCCGGUGCUUACAUUGAAUGGUGCAGUGAUGCAGUCGAAGAUGAAUUUUUGGAUCGAGCUCUGGAGAAAGGGGACCUCGAAAAGAUGGAUCUGGACGAUGACGAUAUUGUCAAACCAUACGAGUUCCUGAGCUACAUGCUGGUUACUCUCGGAAAGGCGGAAACAGAAGAUAUUAAUGAAAUUCUAGAACUGUUCAAGAAGCUAGACAAGGAUGGCAAUGGAUACUUGAGCAAACUGAAUUUGGCGGAUCGAUACAAUCUGAAAGUGAAACCUAGCUUGCGCCGGAAGCAUGCUGAUCGACAUUUGAGUGUUGAAACUUCCACUUCGGUGUAG